CUUUGUCUAUGGUAAUCGAAUAUAUUAAAUGCAUUGUUUUGAAAAUUGAAAUUGAAAUAUUUAGGUAUUCUACGCGCAGUCGCGAAUCUGCUCAUUUGAAAAUCUGAAUAGAAAGGAAUUUUGAAUGUUGACAUAAAAUCAAAUAGUUUGUUUAAUGUGAAUUCAUUUGUUAUCUUAUAUCUAAAGACGUGCCAGUUUUCUUAUAGAAACGUAAUUUUUUUGGUGCGAAUUUCUGAGAAAGCGUCAAAAUGUUGGAGCCGCAAGUUCCUUUAAUACUCUGCAUGGCCAAUGCUGUUGGCGAAGAGAUUGCUCUAAGGAUUGAACCGGAAGAUGAUUUCCGGACGUUCCUUGAUAAAGCCAAAUCAAUUCUCGGUUUUGAUGUCGACAUAAAUACGAUUACACGCAAUCAACCGGUUUCCUUAGAUGAGAACAUUUAUCAAUUCUUUAUAAACACUGAACAGAUCGAACCUGAUACAAUUUUGUCGCAAAAUCUCGAUCCAACGUUAAAUUCGAACGACUCUGUAUAUAUUUUAGACGACGGCACACAAAUAAGGGCCUCUCAAAUACAUUUCGAUAACGAAGAUCCACCUGUAGAUUUGACAGCUGAAAAAAUACCAUUCGUCAAAUAUGCAGACAAUGAUUCUGAUGAAUUAGACUUAGACAAUGUUAACGAUGAUGAUAUUAAAAUGUAUAACAUAGUCGAAAGUCCCGUAUCACGAUGGUCUAGCCAAACAUCCAGUCCCAAAAGCUUUGUCAAUAGUUUGCCUUUCAAAUUGGUUUGUAACAAUACAUCCACUUUCGAAGCGCAGUUCUCCAAGUAUUUAGAGGCCAAUUCUAAAACAUAUACAAAUUUAAACCCUGUUGCUAAUAGAAAUAAGUCUCCAAGAAGUGUUACAAGUGAGAAUUAUAAGAAUUACGAUGAUAAUUUUAAUAGAAAUGAUGUUGGUUACACGAGAGAUGAAAUUCUUAAUAUGUUUAAAGAUUCUCCACUUGCGUCACUGCCUUAUGAGAGUCCUGUAUUUGAGAAAAGGCGGCAUGUAAGAAAAACUGAUCCUUCCAGAAUUUAUAAGUCUUGUAAUCCUCAAAACUACGACGAUGUAGUUCUUAUAGGUGAUGAUGAGAAUAAAGAUUGUUUCAUUUGUGGAAAAUACGUGGAAAAUAACAUGGACAAGUUAUAUUUGUUUGAUAAUGAGGAUCAGAAAAUACAUAGAUCUUCACCACAGAGAAAAACAUCCAGACAGUUAAAGAUUAUAUGCGAGAGUUGUUUAGGGGAAAAUUUCAAACCGUGCCGGAUGAAAGGAGCGAACCAAUAUUUGAAUCCCGAUGAGUAUUUAGUAAUUAAAAACAACCAACAGUAUAUAUUUCAAAAAACGAAAGAUUUCACUUAUAAAUGUAGCUCUUCUGUAGACGCAAUUGUAGAUGAAGACGCACCUUCUUCAAAAGAGAAAGAAAAACACGAGUUUGUUAAAGUGGAAAUUGGAUCUGAUGGGGAAAUUAUAACUAAACCCAUAGACAAUGAUCCUGACUCUGAUGAUGUGAUUAUCGUUAAAGAUGACGGCAAAGAUGAUAGUUCCAGUGACGUUGAAAUCAUAGAGCCUCAGGAUACAGAUGAUAGUGUCAUAGAUAAUUUGGAUGAAGCUGAUGAGGAAGUUAAGGAGUUUUUGGGGAAAUAUCAUUGUGAUGAGAACACGGAGUCGAAUGAAUUGAAAUGCCGAUUCUGCGUGAAAAUAUUUGAGACAAUUACAGACCUAAUGGAUCACAGUGAAACACAUAAACAUGAGUACGAAGAUGGUAUUGUGUUCCCUUGUCCGCUAUGUGACUAUGGUUAUGCUAACCCCAAAUGGCUAAAAGGGCAUCUAAAAGCUGCUCACGAAAAGAAAGAGAAAGGUAUAAUAAAUAACAGCGCUACAAAUGAUGGUGAAGGAGAUACCAUCAAAUCACCAUCAGCAUCACCAAUCGCAAGAAGGACCAGGAGUGCCAAUAAAAAGAAUGAUGAUAAUCCAACGGAAAAUUCGAAGUCAGAAGAAACGAAGCAGAUAGAAUUGAUCCGCGGACCGACUGAGGGUGGCCAAAUUGAGACUACAGUGAAAGUGGAGGUGAAACAAGAGUCCCAGGGUAGCAGCGAUGAUGAGAUCUGGAUAGUCCAGGCCGCUGAUGAUGACGGAGAGUUAGAUAAACUACUUGGUGCUAAAAACAAAAAUAAUGAUCAAGAGAACACAUCGAAGGAAACUUUCAAAUGUACUAAGUGCAGCCAAAUAUUCUCUUCAGCAGAAGGCCUCUCUUCUCACAAAUGUCGUCGUCGAGGGAGGAGACCGAAAGCUCAGGGCCAACCUGAUAACGUGUUGUGUGUUCCUACAAAGGAAGACUUUAUAAAGAGAGCACAAGGUAGACUACGUCCAGUGGAGAAACCCACCAAUGAUUUAUUGGUGGAGAGACCUCGCAAGAAGAAGAGGAAGGAGCCAACAUCAGACCCUCAGAUCGUGACGUGUCACAAUUGCAACGAAUCGUUCACCUCCAAAGUGCGACUUAAGUUCCACAUGCAGUUCCACGAAUCGACAAGCAUGCUAGUCGAUGGGAAAUAUUCUUGCUUAGAGUGUGACAACACGAGUUUCGACACUGAGACGGAGCUAUUCGACCACGUGCACUUCCAGCACGAUAAGCGGAAACGAUGGCAGUGCCCGGUAGUUGGCUGCGGGAAGACAUUCUAUCUCAGGGCAACACUAACAAAGCACAGUCGCACACACACAGACACGCGGCGGUAUGUGUGCGUGACAUGUGGCAAGCGAUUUUUGGACAAGCAAACGUUGGACGAGCACGGCGUUACGCAUUUACAGAUCAAACCCUUCCAAUGCCACAUAUGCCUGAAGCAGCUGACGCGUAGAUCCCGGCUGAGGAUGCACCUCCGAGCUCACGAGGAGGAGUUGACGCCCACGCUGGUGCUCGUCUGCGCCGUCUGCAGCAGAGCGUUCAGGGAUCAGCAGGACGCUCAGGAGCAUGCAACGAGAUCCACUGAGUGUAUAGAAGAAUUCGCCAAAGACUUGAAAGAGGAAGAGGACGUGAUGGUGCAAUUGUCACCAACCAGCGGACUUGUGCGGCACAGUGUACAGAGUGUUGACUCUCCAAAACUAAACGAACCCAUAGCACGCCAAGUGGAUGGUGAAUUAGCCGAGCCCAUGCUGUCCAGUUUGGCUGACGAAGCGCGCACAAUAAUACGCGUGGUCGAGAUCGAGAAGGCGUUCCGGUGCGAAUACUGCGAGGACAUAUUCUAUUUAGAAGACGCGCUCAACAAACACCGCUUGAUACAUAAAGGUGUCAAAAAUCCGUUCACCUGUCACAUCUGUAAAGUUACAUUCGCUACAUACUCCAGAUGCACGACCCAUAAAACAACCCAUGGAUUCUACAAGCGGCCAUUGGCUGACGCGAAGCAGUCGAGGUCUGAAGGACCGGAGGGUGGCCCCUCCUCCACAGGGAUCCUCGGCUACGGAGGGUUUCCGGUCGUCAAACACUUCUUGUGCGAGGACUGUGGCCGAUCCUAUUUACACUGGACGUAUUUACAAGUGCACCGACGUAUGAAACACGCCAACCAGAACUAUCUAUACAAAUGCAGUCAGUGUGAACUCACAUUCCCUAAUAGUUGGAGUCUGGGUUACCAUAAAAAGAAAAUACAUGGCAAAAGUACACAAGAAGAUGGCAAUACUGUGAAAGCUACCAAGGAGGAUUACAAAAUCCCAUGCCGUGACUGCGACGAGAUAUUGCCAAACAAAACUGCACUCUAUAAACAUAGGAAGAAGGAACACAGUGAUUUGUCCAUUGGAGAUGAGAAAUCAGGUACAUUCUGGUAUGGGCGACAAGCCGAUAUGCUGCGGUCCCAUCAUUGUGACGUGUGCGGACGGUCAUUCCGCACGGCGUCCAUGUAUAACGAACAUUUGCGUGUACACACCGGCGAGCGGCCGUACCCCUGUGAUUUAUGCGGGGUCGCCUUCCGCAGGUCGACAGCGAUGCGUAACCAUAGACUAAUCCACACGGGAGUUCGAGCGUGGGCAUGCGCACGGUGCCCUAAAAGGUUCCGUAUACGGUCCGACCUGCGAACACAUAUGAAACUAAAACAUCCAUACUACAUAGCAGUUAUAGAGGUGGUCGGUUCGAAUCCUUCGCCGGACGAAGUGAUGGCGGAGCUCGCAAGACACAACAUACCACAAGAGAGAGUGAUAGAAAUAAGCAAAAUGUCAUUUAGUAAGGGUACCCGUAGCCUGGUGCCUAGCUGUGCCCGGGCGCUGGCACUGUUGGGACACGUGCCUCGCACCCUGGCCUGCAGCCGUCUCCUCCACCAGAACCAAGCAGUGAACCAGCCGGCUCGUCGAGGUAGAGGCAUAGCUAAGAACACCCGGCAGCCCAAGAUCCUGCAGCGCGGCCAUUUGCCUGCAAUACAGGAACCCUCCAAGUACCCCAUCACACUUGGUGUCACUGGCGAGGAAUUGAGAGACGCUGAUGUCCAGCUGUUACUGCGCGAUGGUGCGCUGGUCAACGGCAACCAGAUGGUCCAGCUGGAAAUUGAUGACAACGUGCUGACAGAAUGAAUUUUUCUGUGUAAAAUAAUAUAAUUA